AAGUGUGCCCCCCACCACCAAAAACAAAACAAAACAAAACUGAGCCUCCAGGAGGUUUUUGGUUUUGUUUUGUUGUUUUUGUUUUGUUUUCUGUUUUGUUUGUUUUCUCUCUUAAGCUAGUCCUCAUUCAGUAAUUCAUCAAUUACUAUUUAAUUGUUCCUACCCAUUGCUGGCUCCAGCAGUGACUUCUUCUCCUGGUGUACUGUAUGCCAUGAUUCUCUGUAUUCCCCUGUCUCUUAACUUUCGGGGGUGGCUAUUUUCCAUGUGACUUCAAUUCUCUUGUUAACUUAAGAAGACUUGUUGAUUUUCAAUUUGUUCCAAUUUUUUUUUCUUGUUUUGAGGAUGACAGUUCCCGAGCUGUUUACAUUUUGGAAUGGAAAUUGGAAGGUCCAUGAUUAUUUUUAUUUAUUUUUUCUUUCGGUUCCUUAGACUGGAUAAUCUCAAUUGACCUGUCUUCACUUUCUUCUCCCUGUUUAAAUCUGUUGUUAAGCCCCUCCAGUGAUUUGUUUUUUCAGUUAUUGUACUUUCCAACUCCAGAAUUUCCAUUUGGUUCUUUUAAAAAAUAAUUUCUCUCUCUAUUGAUAUUCUCUAUUGGAGACAUUAUUCUCAUACUUUCCUUUAGUUCUUUAGAAGUGGUUUACUUUGGGGUUUUCCCUGGUUGUCCAGUGGUUAAGAUUCCGCGCCCCCAAUGCAGGGCUCCCGGGUUCGAUCGCUGGUCAGGGAAUUAGAUCCCGCAUGCCUCAACUAAGAGCCCACAUGCUACAACUAAAAGAUCCUACACGCGGCAAUGAAGAUCCCGUGUGCUGCAACUAAGACCCAGUGCAGCCAAAUAAAUAAAUUAAUUAAUAUUAAAAUAAAAAGAAGUUUUACUUUGGUUUACUUUGGACAUGUUUAAAAUAGCUGAUUUAAAGUCUUUGUCUAGUAGAGCCAACGUCUGGGCUUCUUCAGGGAAAGUUUUUUUUAAAAUUUUUAUUGGAGUAUAGUUGGUAUACAGUGUUGUGUUUCAGGUGUACAGCAAAGUGAAUCAGUUAGACAUAUACAUAUAUCCACUCUUUUUUCUUUUCUUUUCUUUUUUUUUUUUAGAUUUCUUUUCCCAUAUAGGCCAUUACAGAGUAUUGAGUACAGUUCCCUGUGCUAUACCACAGGUUCUUAUUAGUUGUCUAUUUUAUAUAAGGUAGUGUGUAUAUAUCAGUCCCAAUCUCCCAAUUUAUCCCCCUCCCCCAGGGAAAGUUUUUAUUGAUUGCUUCCCUCCUCCCCCUUUUUAUGGGCCAUACUUUCUUGUUCCUUUGCAUAUCUUACAUUCUUUUGUUGAGAACUGCACCUUUAAAAUAAUAUAGAUAAUAAAGAGUUCCCUGGUGGCCUAGUGGUUAGGAUUCCAGGCUUUCACUAUCAUAGCCUGGGUUCAGUCCCUGGUUGGGGAAGUGAGAUCCUGCAAGCCACACACCACGGCCAAAAAAAAGCAAGAAAAAAUAAUAUAACAUGGCAACUCUAGAAAUCAGGUUCUCCCCAUUCUCCAAGGUUUGUUGUUGUUGUUUGUUUAGUGACUUUUCUUAACUAAUUCAUUGUAAAGUCUGUAUUCUUUAUUGUGUGUGGACACUGAAGUCUCUACUGAUUAGCUUAGUAGUCAGCUAAUGAUUGGCUACUAAGCAUUUAAGACUACCUUAAAUGCCUGGAACCAGUAUACCUCCCAGUCUUUCAUGAGGGGCUCUGUGUGCCUACUGGGGCAUGUCUUCAACAGUAUCAGCCAAGCAGUUGAAAACUCUGCCUUCGCCUUCACUUCCUGCUUGGGAAAAGCUUCAAGGUCAGCCGGGGUUGAAUGCAUAGGGCCAUCUCAUGUCUUUCUUGAGCAUGCUCACAACCCUGCAUGCACAUGGCUCUAUACAUGUGCGUGGACUUCUAGAUGCCUACGGAUAUGUCAGAGCUGUUCAGAACCCCUAUGGACAUCUAAUUUACCAGCUUUUCCUUUAAGCUUUUUGGCUAGUCUGUCAGUUGCCCCAAAUAAUCCAAUGCCUCAGAGAGCCAGGAAGUUAAAACAUUUUGUCAAAAGUUUUGCCAAAAGUUCUGUGAGGAGAAGACUUUUUUUGCACUGAGUGGACUCCAAGUUAGGUCAAAUGCAGAUAGCUUUGAAAGCAAGUGACGUCUUCCAGAAAACCAGCAGAUGAGUCAGCUAAUGACAGUUCUUUGGGAAUGAGACUCUGAAAGGGCUCUACCUCUAUUCUGCUCCCUCUCGUGGCUGUGUUGGAAUCUAGGCUGUUGAAAAUAAGGCUACCAUGGAGCUGGAGAGUGAAUGAUGGAACAGUGCCACAAAGCAUGCUGUUCAAUACUGAGAUUCAGUUGUUCUUAAAUAAAUGUUUCCUGAGCUGCUGAAAGCUUAUAGUUAGUAUCCAGAGUCAGAAAAACCUGAUUCUGACAAUUUCUUUUUUUGCCAGAUUUUUCAUUGCUUUUACAGAGGAGAGAAUUUUCAGAGAUCUUAUGCCACCAUUUUGGGUUAUAUCUCCCCUGCAGUUUGUAACCUCACCCAGGGUUUGGCCAGAGCAGCAAGGAAUAACCCUUUGUAGUUAAAGUAAUUCCCUCAUUUAAUGGAACCAGCUUUGCUGGUGUGAGUACCUUGAAAUCACAGAAACCCGAUUUAAAACAGAUAUCCUCUUCAAAUUGCUAUUUGAAAUCUUUUUGUCUUAACUAUAAAUUAUGAUAAUAUUCUGAAGUCAAUGAACCUAUAUCCAAAUCCUGUUCAAAGCUACAAGUAUAUACUAUUUCAUUGUGUUACUAAAACAUAAAGUCUAACCAGCCUUCUAUGACUGUACUUUUAGAUAUGAGUAUUUUUAGAUAUUAGCCUCCCCACAUCACUGUCUUUUUAUUUUGUUGAAAUCCCAAAUUUGCUUUUUUUCCCCCCCCAAAUUUGCUUUUGAUUAAGUCAAACCUUAAAUGGUCCUCUGAGAGAAACAAAAUCUGAAAAGGUGAGAUUGAAAUUAAAUGAUUUAAAAUAGUAUUUGGGCAUUCACAUUUCCAUUGGUGCUAAAAUAUAUCUGAACAUGGAAUGGAAUUCAGAACUCCAUGAAAGAGAGCUGGUGUCCAAAGAGUUGAUGUCACACAGCCUAAGGCCUGAUAGGCCUACAAGUUGGAGCUGGACAGUGGUUGUCCAUUCUGGUCGCACUGGUGGAGACUGUGCUUCUAAAAGCGAGCUCUUCAAACUUACAUCUCAAUUACUCCUAACAAGGAUAAUUAGAAUUUUCUUUCUCAGAUUAAGGGUUUGAGAAAUUCCUGAUAAGAUGUACUGUUCCCUAAAGUUGAUUUUAAUUGUAAUUUUUUUAAACUGUCAGCAUUUAUCCAGCUCUGGCGACUUAGAUACUCGUAAGUAUGCUUUGGCAGUUGGAUUGUUUAUUCCUCUCUUCUGGCUCACUUUUCCCCAGUUUCAGGGAGUCAGAUUAAACAAAUUGCUUAUUCCACACAAAUGGGGCUUCCUGGAAAGAUUUAGCGUUUAGGAGGAAAAAUGGCAGUAGUCAGAGGGAGAAUUGAAAGCUUCCUUUUCCUGAAACACAUAUCACAAAAUAGAUUAGUGUAUUCUUAGUAUUUUUGAACAUAACAUUUAAAAAAAGUCAUUCCCUUAAUAAUUGCCGUAGAAGAUUUUUAAGCCUGAGGUACAGGGAAGGGUUUAAUUCUGACUCUGAAAGGGAACUUAUUUCAGGAGGCCCAGGUGUUUGGGAAUAAAACCAUUUGCUCGAGUGCAGGCUGGUUAUUUACAGCUGCACUUUACUGCACGUGAAAGAGAGAAAAAGAUUCUUCCCACUUUCUUUCCUUCCUUCUCUCUGGACUUUGCAUUUCAGUCCCAUCUCAUUUAGAAAUGAACCCUUUCCCCCGUCUCUGGGCCAGCUUAGGGUCCUGGGCCCCCGCUAGGAAGACUCAUUUGUGUUUUACACGCAUAAGGAUCUGUGGUUUGGGUUCAUUCUUCCUCCACUGAAGGAAGCAUAUUGAGGUUGCUCGGUGGCUGUGGGGAGGGAAGCCACAUUCACUGCUUGCCUGCACUUCUCUGCCUAGGUGAAGCUUCCCAAGUUAACACGGUAAUUAUGUUCUGCAUUGGUGGCGGUAUCCUUUUGGCUGUGCUUGUGCUGAUGGCUGCUGUCAUCUGUCUUUACUACAAAGUAGCCAACGCAUUGAAAGUUCCAAAGGUACCUAUUUCUUCAGCCUUAAAAGAUGAUCCAGACAUGGUCACCCAGGACAAGGUCACUGCGGCCAUCACCACUGGGUCUUAUCCCAGCCUCCAGUGCUGUGAUGAAUGUAACUUGUAUGCUGGCUUUGAUGCCCUGCCACCGUGCUUCUGUGAUGCAAACGAGGGACUCUGACUUGGGUGGGCACAAAUAUCUUUGUGAGCGAUAUUUCUUUAUUAGUAGAAUGUUUUAUUAUUCAAGUCAAGUUUUAUACUGUUUACAUUAUAUCAUGUACUAUGUAACAUAUUUAUGUACUUUUGAAUAACUGAAAUAUUGAAAAUAAUCCUCUCUGCCUCCAGUAUUGUUGUUGUUAGUUAUAAAAGUACUUAAAUUUGUGUAGUACCCACUUUGGGACUUGGGGCAACUAGCUUAUAAAGUUAUACUGCAAUGUAAGGAGAGUUAGAGUAGAAAAUACACCUAUAUAUCCAACCCCAGAAAAAAAAUAUUGACCUUAGAGUGUUUCUAGUUUCAGACCCUGCUAAACUUCCCACGGUCGGCCCUCCUCCUUCUAAGGGCUUCAUUCACUCUCAUCCAGCUACUCUACCAUGGGCAGUUGUUACACUGCCCUGGAGGGAAACUCCAUUCAUCCCAGAGGGAGAACAGCCAGAUGGGCUACCUCUGGGUUGAGGUUGCCUGAUAUGUGCAAUCAUGGGGUUGAGCUCUGUGGUGUCAAAAGGACAUUUUAAAAACCUGAGAUUCCUCCUCCUGCUAUCCUCCAAAUCUUUAGAAGCAGAUUUUUUUCUUCUUUUUGGAUCACUUUAACACUGAUUAUUGCUGACUUAGCUGUCAGUGUGUUUAACUGCAAACAGGAACCUCCCGCUGAAUGGUGAAGCCCAGAUCCUCCUGGUCUCAGCAGUAGGCAGGAGGGUGCACCCCUUGUCACUCCUGCUCGUCUGCUCCCUUCUGUUCCUGCUUUUUCCUCUGAACCUCUGGAACCCCCUUCUAACCAUAGACUCUCCAUUUGUAACCACAAUUUGUUCUUUUUUUUUAAAAAAAAAAAACAUUUGAAAUGUUGAUAGCACAUAUUUAAUUUAUUUUUAUUUAUUUAUUUAUUGGCUGCAUUGGGUCUUCAUUGCUGCGCGUGGGCUUUCUCUAGUUGCGGCGAGCAGGGGCUACUUUUUGUUGCAGUGCACAGGCUUCUCAUUGUGGUGGCUUCUCUUGUUGCAGAGCACGGGCUCUAGGCGCACGGGCUUCAGUAGUUGUGGCACAAGGGCUCAGUAGUUGUGGCUCGCGGGCUCUAGAGUGCAGGCUCAGUAGUUGUAGUGCAUGGACUUAGUUGCUCCGCGGCAUGUGGGAUCUUCCCAGACUAGGGCUCGAACCCGUGUCCCCUGCCUUGGCAGGCAGAUUCUUAACCACUGCGCCACCAGGGAAGUCCCCGCAAUUCAUUCUUUCAUUAACAAAACCCUUGCUUAGUGAGCAUCAUGUGUUUUACUCAAGGUAAAGAAUUGACUCGUAACAGGUGGUUGGUUACCUGCUAAAAGGGAUGGAAAAGGUAACAGGAAAUAAUGAAGGAAACGGCUACUAUCUCUAGGCUAACAGGGAGGUAACAAUGGUAGGACUAAGCAUUUGGAAGAGGCCACCUCCUGGCUGAGUUUCAGUGCUCAGCAGAGGGCUUGGCUGAUGAGGGAGUGUUCAGCGCUUUAGUGCUCGUGAAAUUUGCCAGAGGGAUGUGGGAGCUGGAGCUGCUGUCACACAGUAGCCCUUGGAAUGUCUGGGAAACUCGAUGGAGGGUGAGUGUCCCCAAUCUCAGUAAGAGUUUCAAGAGGCAAAUUCAAGGCUGCACCUUCCCUGGAACCUGCCUUCCAGCCGGACGUGACGCGUCCUUCUUGAGUUCCUGGAGCACUUCCUCCCUCUCCUGGCACCUACUGCUUUCUGCCCCUUCUUAGGAGUUCAAAUGCAGUUCUAUUUUCUCUUGUCGCCAGCAAGCCCCUGAGCACGUCCAAUUUCCCUCUGAACCCCACUCAGUGGGCAGCUCAGUGCCCAGCAUCUGGGAGGCCCUGCACAAAUGUGUUCCAAAUGUGGGGAAUAUGCCAUAAGUCCAGGCAUCGCAGGGUCCUUGAGGGAGGCAAGAUGGAGUAAGGGGUCUUUGAGACAAACCCCUCUGGUUGGCAGUACGGACAGAGUGUAACACAUGGGCUUUAGAACUGGACACAGUUGGUUCCAAUCCAACUCUGCCUUUCACAAGCUAGUGCCACUGGAGAAGUUUCUUAACUUCUCUGAGCCUGGUGGCUGGGGGCUGCCAAACAGGCAGCCACAUUCCUGAUGCCCAGAGGCCCUCUCUUUACUCCUGUGUAUGCGUAUACAGUAUGCUGGGGAUACACCAUGGAUACAACAGCAUCUCUGGCCUCAGCGAACAAGUUCUUAGGGGCCUGAUUGAAUUCCAGCUCCAAAUCAAAACAGAUUUCCCCCAUUUUCUUCUUAAUAUUUCCAUGUAGAUCUUCCAAAUACUUGCCCCAGUGGCCAUGCGGGUGAAUCUCCUCUGCAUUCGUUCAUAUAACGAAUAAGAUCUUUUCUAACCCAAUGUGAAAACACUUAAGCACUUACUUAGAAUGGGCAAAUCAAAUUAAGUAUUUAAAAACAGCGCUGAAAAAUUAUCUGGUCACUGGCCCAUCAGUCAUCCCUCUGUCAGGAACUGACUAAACAUCCACUGGUGGCCAUGCGAGGGGCGUAUUCAGAGGUGCGUCAGGUGCCAUAGUGUAAUAUGAAGAAAACUGUCAAAUACUGUGACUCACUAGAGAGUGUAAAAUCAUAUAACCAGGAAUAAAAAAAACUUUGUAGUGCAGCUAUUGAGCUAUACGAUGCACUAUCAGCAUAUAAUAAUAUAUAAUAUCAAUGUUGUUUUUUCUUUAGUCUUAGCAGACUCAAAGGGGUGCCUUAGACCUGAUGGGUGGAGCUGGAAGUCCAAGCUCCCCACCUGGCCUCCACCUGACUUGGGGGUGCAGGGUGGCCCUCCUUGCUGCCUGGAGGUGAUGAAAGUCCCAGCUCUUCACUCUGCCUUUUCUGACAUCACCCUGGGGAAGGGAAGGGAGGGGAGGACAGGGGAUGAGAUGGGUGUGGGGCACGGAGAGCAGGUGGAAGUCUAGGCUCCCUACUUCACCUUUGCUGCCUGGGCUGGGGGUGGGGCAUAGUUUUACCUAUGGUGUUUAGAGCAGGUAGGUUAUUGCCUAAAAGUUUUCUGAAUUGGCUGGCUGCCCCUUUGCUGCUGGUCCUUUGGCUAGAGGGAGCAGGCUUCUCUUGGGCUGUUUUUUUUCUGCACCCAUUGGAGUUUCCGGGUUGCACGCUUUUCCCUGUUAAGUGCAUUUUGAUCCAUGGGGCAUAAGAUGCUGAACAGCGGCCUUGGUUUGCAAACUUCAUGAUUCCUAAGAAUCACCUGGGUGCUUUUGGAAAGGGCAGCUUCCUGGCUCCCAUCCACUGAACUACACCCAGAGUACCUGAAAGGGAAGUUCAUUGGACCCUUAUUUAUUUAUUCUUAAAAAUUCAGUCCAUUCAUUGUCAACACUUUUCACAUUAGGGAUUUGCUAAAAGCCAUAAGAUGCUAAUUUUGGAAACUGUUACCCUCCCACUUUCUCAACAAGAUUUGGAUAGGUACCAGUUAAUGGGCAGAUGAACUUUUCAAAGUGGAAACUCUAGCAGCUCUUGGUUACUUGGAAAAAUUCCUUUUUUCAUCUGAAGCACUUGCAUGAAAUAGAUGCCAGAUGCUAAAAUCAUUGUUUCGUGUGAUUGAGAAGCUACUCAUGAGAGAUAAUUAACUUUUGAUACAAAGAUUGCCAUCUUCAUCAAAUUGACCGUUAAUUACAUAUCAUCAACUUCGACUAUGUAUCAGCAGGAAACUUACUUUUACCAAGACAGUUGUUGGUGAAGGGCAUGUUUGUAAUCAAACUGACAUGUCUCCCUUUAGAGGCAGUGUCCCUCCUUGGGUCACUUGUCAGAUUUUCACCUCUCAGGAAUUUGGGGUUCACUCCCAGGCCCCACCAAACCCUGCCUCCUCCCUGGGGGACUUGACAAUACUGUAUUCUCAUCUCACACAUGCUAUUUAUUGACAAAGAUGGGAACGAUACCCUGGACUUGAGGGCUCAUAUUUUAAAUAUUGUUACUGAAUAUUUCUAAAAAAUUUUUAUUGGAGUAUAGUUGCUUUACAAUGUUGUGUUAGUUUCUACUGUACAGCAAAGUGAAUCAGCUUUAUGUAUACAUAUGUCCCUUCUUUUUUGGAUUGCCUUCCCAUUUAGAUCACCACAGAGCACUGAGUAGAGUUCCCUGUGCCAUACAGUAGGUUCUCAUUAGUUAUCUAUUUUAUACAUAGUAUCAAUAGUGUAUAUAUGUCAAUCCCAAUCUCCCAGUUCAUCCCCCCCCAGCCCCCUUCCUCUUUGAUAUCCAUACGUUUGUUCUCUACGUCUGUGUCUCUAUUUCUCCUUUGUAAAUAAGAUCGUCUAUACCAGUUUUUUCGGAUUCCACAUAUAUGCAUUAAUGUAGUUACUGAAUAUUUAUUGAAAAACAACAACAAAAAAAUCUGGCUGUGUCCAAGUCUGUUUCUUUAAAGACAACUUUGAGGGUACUGAGCCUAGUGCAGGCCUCUUUCUGUUAAGGUAUAAAAAGAUUAGAUUAAGUGGGUGCUGCCCUUC